AUGCAUCGACUUUUUUCUGAGCUGGAGCCAUCUGUAACCGUCACCGAGCAAAACCUGGCAGACCGAGUGCGGUAUAUCUUGCGCUCAAAUACAUUUGAUGUCACCGAACUCGAACGGCUACGACGUGAGGCUGUUCCUUCAUCGGGUGAAAAUGAUGCAGCUGAGGAUGCAGCGCCACAAUUUGCUGAGCAAACGGCAAACGUGGAUGCCGCCGUGAAUACCCCAGUUUUGGUUGAUUCAAACGAUGACGGAACAGUCGCCCAGGAACUGGAACUAGAGCAAAUGAGGAGUACAUUGGAAGAGGCGAUUGUGGAAACGAGCAGUAUGUCUCUCGAAAAUCGACUGCGACUUCCCCCGCAUAGCCCUAAGCAAGCAGAAUCGGGCUGUCGUGAGGGCUCUGAACCCAAAGCUGGUGGCCUAUUUGGAAGCCAGCCGGGACCUUUGCGUGGCGGACUCAAUUCUUUUUAG